AUGGAUUUUGGAUCCAAAUAUAUUUACAAAUAUGAUCAUUCGGAAUCAGAAUCCGUAUCUGAUGAUGAUGAUGGUACGCUUGGUAAUGAUGGUGAUCCAUUAUUUAUACCAAAACCAAAAGCAAAUAAAGAAGAAAAACAAAAUGAACAACAAAUUGUAUCUGCUACAGGCAGUUCUACGUUAGCCUCUCAUAGACGAAAACGUUUACGUAAACCUGAUACGAAUGUUCUUAGUGUUAAAUUUAAUCGAUUACUUCAACCAGGUGAAAUGCAUGCGGGUGAUCCUGUCUAUUGUAAAGAUUGUGGUGCAAUAACUUCUCAUUUAAGUAAAAUUGAGACAGAGACACAAGAACCUACUACAAAUGAUCGAUCAAAUGAAUCAGAAUCUAAAUGGCAUUGUGAGUUUUGUUCAAUUACAAACAUAGUUGAUAUUGAACAAUCAGAUUUACCUAAACAAGAAGAUGCAACAUAUUUACUUUCUCCAGCACCUGUUGUUCAUGGUUCAGAUAUGACUGGUGUUGAUGAUUCUAUAGUUUUAUUUUUAAUUGAUAUUAGUGGUUCAAUGUCAUCAACAACAUUAGUUCAAGGUACAUUUAAUUUACCUCAGGCACUUAAACAACAAGAACGUGCUGCUGAAGCAUUUGGUGGUGCACAUAUGAUACGACAACAUCAUCAAACAUAUGUAUCACGUUUACAAGGUGUACAAAUGGCUGUUGAUGCUAAUUUAGAUAAACUUGUUAAAGAUACACCAACAAGACGUGCAGCAUUACUUACAUUUAAUCAUGAAAUAACAUAUUAUGGUGAUGGUACAAGAGAUGAACCAUUAGUUAUACGUGGUGAUAAAUUAAAUAAUGCAAAUGAUUUAUUACAUGAAGCUGAAAAAGAAUUAAAUCAUGAAUUAAAACCUGUUGCAGAAACAAAAACAAAACUGACUGAGCGUGUUUAUGAUCUUGAAGAAGGUGGUCAAACAGCACUUGGUCCAGCUGUUGUUUUUGCUCUUAAUAUAGCAUCGAAACGACAAGGUUCAAAAAUAGUUAUUUGUACUGAUGGCUUGGCUAAUCGAGGUUUAGGCAAUUUAGAAACGGCUCAAGAUGAAAAAGUUGAUGAGGCUAUUAGAAAUCAAGCUCUUGAAGAAGGAAAUCAAUUUUAUGCUGAAUUAACCGAACGUGCUAGAGAAAAAGGUGUCAGUAUAUCCGUUAUCACUAUCAAAGGCACUGCUUGUUUACUACCUGUGAUCGGUCAAAUGGCUGAUGGUACAGGCAGUAAUGUAACAAUUGUUGAUUUAUUAAAUAUGCGUGAUGAAUUUGCAUCAAUACUUGAACAAAAAGUUAUUGCAACAAAUGUUGAAGCAACAUUAAUUGUUCAUCGUGGUUUAUAUAUUCGUAAUCCUGAUAAUUUAGAGGAUAAACUUAACAAAAUAAAACGUGAUAUUGGAAAUGUAACAAAACAAACUGAAGUUACAUUUGAAUUUGGUAUUAGAAAUAAAGAAGAAGUCAAAGAAAAAUAUCAUAUUGAUUUGGAUCAAUUAGAACGAUUACCAUUUCAAGUACAAGUUACUUAUAUAGCUGCUGAUGGUAGUAAAGCAUUACGUGUAUUAACACAAUUAAAAGAAGCAACAGGAGAUCGUGAAAUAGCUGAAGUUAAUGCUAUUCGAAGUGUUAUUGCAGAAAAUCAUAUUCGAAAUACAGCAAAUGAUAUGAUGGCAGCAAUAUCCGAUGAAGACGAAUAUGAGACAGCACGUACACGUUCAAAAUGGUCAACACCAGUUGUACAAAAACAACGUGUAGCUUAUAUGGAUAAUCUUAAUGCAAAAGUACGCUCUCGUGGAACUUAUGAAACGGAUCAAUUUAAUGAAAGACGUUGGAAUGCAGCAAGUAAUGAAUUACAAACACAUGUUAUUACAUCAAGAUCUCGUAAGGCUGAUGCAUUAAGACAUACAACAUUGGCAUCAACAUCAGCAGUACCAUCACCACCACCAUCAAGUCCAGGUGGUUCUCUACUUAGUACUAUAGGUGAUCGAGUAUCACGUCUUUUCUCUGGUUCAAGUAAAGGAGAUGCAUCUGAACGUAAAGCUGUUGUUCCUUCAACAACAUCAAAAGGUCUUUCAAAACGAAGUUAUGGUUUUGCUACAUCAAAUCUUAGCCAUUUUUCUGAUCAGCAUUCAGAAGAUCUCUAUCGAUAUAAAAAUAUAUCAUCAGAUUAUAUUCGUGGAACAAGUCCAACACGUGAUGAUGAUCAACCUGCUAUCGCAUCGAGUACCAAUCGUGUUGCAACUAGACGAUAUGAAAAUGAUGAUCAACCAGACAUUGUGUCAGGCAGCCGACGUUCUGCUGUUAGACGAAAUGACGAUGAGGGACAACCAGCUGGUACAUCAGGCAGGCGUCGUGUUGCUUUUAAACGAAAUACUGAUGACGAAGAUAUUCCACCAGUGAUUGCCUUAAAUACUGAUCGUUCCGCAACAAGACGAGAUGAUGAAAACGAUCAAUCAGCUAAUACAUCGAGUACUGGUCGUUUUUCAGUUGGACAACAUGAUGAAGACAACCAACCAGCUAAUGCAUCGGAUACCAAUCGCUUUGCAACUAGACGACAUGAUGAUGAUGAUAAUAAUAAAUAA